UUUGUAUCCAAUAUCUUAUUGUCAACAGCUGGAUAUGAUGGCGUGCAGGUUGAAGUUUUGUCUGAUGCAAUGUGCGCACGUGCUUGCAGUCGUCAUCAGUGUGGUGUCUGCCCAGUCCUGUCGAACUCAAUGCCGAUGUGAAGGUACCACCAUGGACUGCAGCCACGGAUCUAGGCAAGGGCUCCCAAGAGAUCUAUUCAUACCGUCUUCAACAGAAAUCGUCGUGAUGAGCGACAAUCUGUUGACAAGAGUUCCUCCAACUCCCGCCAUUCCAAACCUGCUGGAACUGAACCUGGAAGAUAACUUCAUCACUGAACUUACACCGACUUCUUUCCAAUUGCGACAAAAGCUCCAGAUCCUUCGACUUGGAGGCAAUAAGAUCAUUGAUGUCGCCAGUUCUGCUUUCGAUGGACUAUCCCAACUCGUGAAACUGUAUCUGAAUCACAACAACAUCGAAACGAUAGAAGCGUUUGGAAGUUUGUCUGGUCCAAGUAGUUUGGAGAUGCUGGACUUACAGAAAAACAAACUCACGUCUAUAUCGAUCGGCACGUUCACAGGGAUCCCGCUGCUUACGGAGCUCAACCUAUCGUCUAACAACAUCUCAAAGAUAGAAGAUGGAAGCUUUGCUCGUCUCAAGAAGUUACGUGUCCUGUAUCUGCAUUCCAACAAAAUCCUUCAGCUGACCAACGCGACAUUCUUUGGUAUGUCCUCCUUAACCCGUCUAACUUUGAGUAACAACAAGAUACAGAAUCUGCCAGAUUUGGCCUUCAAUAGUGCCGGAUCGCUGGAGUUUCUUGACCUGACAUCUAACAGCAUCUCCACAAUCACUCAGGCAGCAUUCUCUGGGCUGUUGAAUCUUACUGGUCUGUCUCUUACCAAAAAUAAUAUCAGCUCUAUUGAGGAUGGCGCGUUUCGAGACCUGGUCAAACUACGCGAAUUGUCUGUGUCGGACAAUAUGCUGCAGGACAUCUCAGCGUCAACUUUUGUAGGUCUUGCUCCGGAAGAUAGAACAGACAACACAGGUCUUGAGGUGCUGUAUCUCGGAGACAAUCGCCUCACCACCAUCAGGAAGGAUGAUUUUGCCAGGCUCACAAAACUGACGUUUUUGACGCUUUGGCGCAACGAUAUUACAAGUGAGGGACUCGAAGAUGGUUCAUUCGCCAAUCUUGGGAACCUUGUCUAUCUAAGUCUUUCCGAAAACCCUCUGACCAACAUUUCUGCAGCCACAUUUGAAGGUACAUAGCUUAUACAUAGUUCAUUAGGUGCACAACAAACAGUAUUUGUCCUCGGCGACGAUGAUGUAGCAUAGCAUAACUCACGUUAGGUUCAGAGACAUUUCUGAAAAUAUGGGGGUACAGUAGAAGUCAGUUAUUAUCAAUUAGGUCCAGUGUAUCUGUAUAAUUGACUUUGUCUAAUUUUUAUUUUGUUUGUUUUGUAGUUUUGGACUGUGUAACAUUUGCCUUCAUUCAUUAACACACCAAUUCAAGUCUAAGCCACUGACAAAAGGUAGCGGAUGCUAC